AUGUCCGAUUUCCUAAAUACGCUCUCCCAUUCAACCCAAGCACGAGCCAGCCGUCAAAUCGGUGGGUUGGCACGCACCCUCAGAAAUUGGGAGUUUGCCUUUGCAGCCGAUGAAACCGCUCGCAAAGCCUUCUUCGUCACUGGUUUUGUCGAUCGUCAGGAGGCCCCUCUAGGACCUCUCAUUGGUGACCCAGCCAAGGAGAGCUUGAUUGGGAUGAUUGAAACUCUCUCUUCUCUUCAUGACACUGAUGGCGUCAUGGGUGUUCUGGCUCAAAUGCAACACACCGGAAUCCAUCCAUCUCCCAAAGCAAUCAUCAGCCUUUCCAAAACGGAUGCCCUCAAAAGCUGUCUCCUUCGAGCGCUUCAAUUAGAGAAUGAGGAGUCUCUGGAAAUGGCUUGUGCCACCUAUGAGCAUAGCAUUUCAUCCUCUAAACCUCAAAAUGCACGUGACUGGGGUCUUCACGCAGCCCUCUUCCGAUGUAACCUCCCAGAUCCGGCUUCUUUACCAUCACUAAUUACUCGAAGUGAUAUUCUAUUGUCUGCUGCUAGAAAUGAUAAAUCAACUGAGAGGGGUGUUGUUGAGAAUGCUGCUUGGUUUAGACAGCUGAAUGAGAUUAGAGCAGAGGCUGUUAUUAGAAUGGGGAAUUGGGAAGAAAUGGACAAAGUUCUUGUUUCAGAAUCAUCGGAAGCCUCGUGGUCUUUUGGACUUGGAAAAGUGUUUCUCGCUAUUAAUAAAUGUCCGAAUGAGAUUCAACGUGGCCUCUACGUAAACGAAUUCAUGAAUGAUCUACGUCAGAAUCAGAUGAACAUUUUGGCCACUUCGGCUCUUGAGGGAGCAAGUGGAUAUCUACGAGCUUCGGAGCCUCUAGUUAACUUAAGUCUUCUAACAGACAUCGAGGAGAUUCUUGAAGUUUCUGACCAACUGAAUAAAGAAGUAGCUAUGGUUCAUGAGCUUGGUCUCCCUCAAAGUCAAAAAAACUCAGAGCUCUUGGUAAAGAACAUGCUAUCCUGGUUGGAUUCUCGUGUACAGCAUGCAAAGCCAACCUACCACACCUUGGAACCGGUUCUUGCAAUGCGCCAUUCUGCUAUUGAACUAAUUGCCUCUCGUAUUCAACCAACGAUGAAUAGCAGCAAUAUUGUUGAUGAGUUAAAGUCCCAUCAAUUACGACUCCUUGAAUUAGCUCUGGGUGAAAACUGGCUUCAGAGAGCUAGAUUAGCAAGAAGGUCUGGCCAAUUCACAACAGCCUACACCUGCGUUUUAAAGGCUGAAUCUCAGGGGUGCAUUGGAACUAUGAUUGAGUACGCGAAGCUACUCUGGCAGGGAAAUAAACAGGAAGCGGCGUUAGACUCCUUGAACAAGGGUUUAAGUGCUCUUGCUGCAACUUCAGCAAGUGGUGAUGCUUCAGCACAAAGCCUCGCUCAGUCUCUUACCGCGCCUUUGCUUGACUCUACGAACCACAAGACGCUUGAUCCAAUCUUUGUACUCAAGGCUCUGCUUCUACAUGCUCGCUACUGCGUUGAGACCAGUCAUUUGGAUUUUGAUCGAACCCGACGUCUCUACACAGAUAUCUGCGAAGCAUUCCCCGGCUGUGAAAAGGCUCAUUUUCGACUGGCACACUACGUUGAUGAAGCUCACGUUAAAUCCGGCAGUCAGCAUAACGUCCUACUCAAAAUCGCAUUGGAGAACUACAGUAAAGCGCUGGCUUCAGGAAGUCAGUAUAUUUUCCAAUCCAUGCCUCGAUUCCUCUCCCUCUGGCUUGACUAUGGUUCCGAGGUUGCUAAGAUUCAGCAACGUCACCCUCAAGCAGUCGCAUAUUCGUCAUCUCUUAAUCGUAAAAGUGCAGUCCUAAAAUCCUCUGAAACCAAUUUGAUCAAUACAUUUGAUGAAGUCCAAGAUUUGGUACGAAAGAGUAUAGACAGAAUUCCCAAAUACCAAUUCUAUACUGCGAUUGGCCAAAUUUUAUCACGCAUUUGUCAUGAACAUCCGGCUGUCAUCAAUCUCUUGAUCGACCUUAUUGUUCUCAUACUCAAUGAAUACCCUCAACAAACUGUCUGGUUUGUUAUAUCCCUUCACGAGGCCACUGUUGCCCAACGACAUGAGAGAUUCCAACAGAUUUGUUCGAAAACCAAUGCACUCAAUCCAAAGAGAUUCCGUUACAUGAAGCAAUUCGUUAGCCUCUGUGGCCAUCUGCGAGCUAUCAGUGAUCUAUUUCUCUCGACUGAGCACAAAGAUGUGAGAAACUUCAAAAUAUCCAAUGUUGUUCGAUCAUUUACUCGCCUUCUUGAAACUUGUGACUUCUCUGAUGUUCUGAUUCCCAUUCACCGUCAACUUGUGCCGUCAUUACUUCGACCUGGAGCUACCUUGUCGGAGGUAAAUGAACAUCAACCUUUCGGUGUUGAGAGCCGUUUCGUCAAGUUAGUUCGUAUUGAAGACGAUGUGGAGGUCCUGGGAUCUCAGACUCGACCGAAGAAGAUGUAUUGGCUAGGGAGUGACGGACGAAGGUACGCGAUUGUGGCUAAACCUAAUGAUGAUAUGCGCAAAGACAGCCGCUUGAUGGAUAUGAACAGUAUAAUCAACCGCUUCCUCCUAAAGAAUCCGCAGACGCGUCAUCGAGGUCUUGGAAUUCGCACCUAUGCGGUGAUACCUCUGCGAGAGCAUGGUGGUCUUAUCGAGUGGGUCAGUAAUACUCAACCCUACAGGACUAUUCUUACCACUCUAUAUGCGGAAGCAGGACGACCGUUAAAUUGGGUCACGUUGACUCGAUUCGCACCAUCGCUUGAGGACCCAUUACCGCAAGUUUUAACUUGA